UGGCAUGGGGGACUUCAGCUAUGUGGGCAUCGAUGCCAUCCUGGAACAGAUGAGGAGGAAGGCCAUGAAACAGGGUUUCGAGCUCAACAUCAUGGUAGUGGGUGAGUUAACAUGGAGGGGAGAGAACACAUGCACACAAAUUCAAUCAAUCACAUUUAUUUUAUAAAGCCCUUUUUAUGUCAGCUGUUGUCACAAAAUACAACGAGCAAGCAAUGCAAAUGGAAUACACAGACACAACAUCAUGGUAGUGGGUGAGUUAACAUGGUUAGAGACGGAUGCAUGUGUACUGUAUCAUAGGUUUACAUCAUAUGAGGUCACCAUCUUGGUCUGCUGUUAUCCAGCCUGAAGAAACACAUGCCAACAGGUGAUGGUGUGUGAUAGGGCCUAGGUUGUGUUAUGGUGAGAGGCUGAGCUACUGUUAUUCAAGGAGGAUAUAUCUCUAAUUAAACCAGAGGAUCUCUGUAAUCAAGAAGGCUCUCAUUUUCCCUAAACCAGCCUCUCAAAUCUCAUUUCCAGUACUGAGCCAACACACCCACACACAUACGCACACACACACGCAUACACACACUCACCCCCCCCCCCACACACACACACACACACACACACAAACACCCACACACACAGCCUUUUGACACUCUCCCACCAUGCUAACACUCCCUCAUUAGUGUGUGAUGGCUCCUUUUUAAAACAGUAGCUUUUUACAACACACGCACACACCUUCCUUCACCAGAGACCAGUGCCUAUAAAACCCCUUUUCCAUGCUGUCUCCACACCGCGUCUCCAUUUGAAGAUGUCGCGACUGUCAGUCUGCUCUGUGGGUUCUUUCCGUGGAUAAAACGGCUCACUUAGACUACAGCCUACAGGGGUACUUCAGAGAGGGAGGAUGCAGACUCAUCCAUGGAAAAGAAAAUCCAACACUACCACUUAGUCUCCUGCAGUGUAUAAGUGCACUCAGGUGUAAUGUCAUUUAAGUCUGCCUGUGAGAACAGAGCUGUAGGGAAGGAGACAGAAUAUAGGACGUUAGGUUAAUCUUUGAAUUUAUCUAUGCUACAGACUGCUCUGGUAUAUAAUAAGAAUACUGAACAAAAAUAUAAAUGCAACGAUUUUACUGAGUUGCAGUUCAUAUAAGGAAAUCAGUCAAUUUGGGGGGUGAGGCAGGGCCCAGUGUUAGUGUCUCUGUUCUCUCUCUCUGUGGUGUGGAGUCUGCCGACAAAUCUACAUUCCUCUCACAUUCCCCUGUGGUUGGCCCUAGUGUCCCGGAUACAGCGCUUGGCAACCUGCCACCCAUUCAGCUCAGGGCUGACUGUAGACUACGCCAUCACUAAAGACAUGAGACCCGGGCAGACGGGGACAUACACACACACACACACACACACAUAAAUAUAUACAAACACACACACACACACAUACACACAGCUGCAGCAUGGGUCAAGCGAUCACCCACACACACACCAGGGGGGAGAAGAGCGCCAUCUUAAUCUGAACCAUCACCCUGUCAAUCUGUGGUACUUCUCCAGAUGUUAUUCAAUUGGGACAGUGGGAACGUAAUGGCAGCCUACAUCCCGUGUGUUAGCUACCUGGUUUAUGGAAGCUGAUUCUGCUGGGCAUACCUCCACACUCCUUAUAUGAUAACCAGCCUUGACCCUCAGUCACACACUGCUAAUCUAAUGAUACCUCCACACUCCUUAUAUGAUAACCAGCCUUGACCCUCAGUCACACACUGCUAAUCUAAUGAUACCUCCACACUCCUUAUAUGAUAACCAGCCUUGACCCUCAGUCACACACUGCUAAUCUAAUGAUACCUCCACACUCCUUAUAUGAUAACCAGCCUUGACCCUCAGUCACACACUGCUAAUCUAAUGAUACCUCCACACUCCUUAUAUGAUAACCAGCCUUGACCCUCAGUCACACACUGCUAAUCUAAUGAUACCUCCACACUCCUUAUAUGAUAACCAGCCUUGACCCUCAGUCACACACUGCUAAUCUAAUGAUACCUCCACACUCCUUAUAUGAUAACCAGCCUUGACCCUCAGUCACACACUGCUAAUCUAAUGAUACCUCCACACUCCUUAUAUGAUAACCAGCCUUGACCCUCAGUCACACACUGCUAAUAUGUCUGUAAGUCUGAGCUAAAGAUGUAAAAUACCAGGCGUACAGCGGACAGUAAAAACCAGCCUUUGAGGUUCUGCUGAAUAGGGCUGAUCUCUGGACAACCAGGACUCCUGGGUCUGUGUUUAUCAAGCAUCUAAGAGUAGCAGGGCUUAUCUAGGAUCAGGUCCUCCCUGUCUAUAACAAUCUGAUUCAUUAUAAUCUAAAAUGCAAAACGUAUCCUAGAUCAGCACUCCUACUCUGAGAUGGUUACUAAUGGUUAAUACAUUUGUAUUGUUGUAUUGAUACCCUAUCCUUCCUCUCCAAAAUCUGGCUGAUCUUUGGGUCCAGCCAUUCAGCCAGGGGGAUUAGUAAUGUAGCAUUUCUACAGCCCAUCCCACUGAGCCCUGACCUAGGUCCCAUAGCUCACAGGAUUCCCCUCUUCAGGCUCAGCCAUUCAUACCAACCAUUCAGGGGAAUUCUAGGCCCCCUAAAAAUGUGAUACAGUACCGCUGGUAUGGGGCUUCAACAGCACGAGCACAGGGUUGGUAUGGCCUGUAUAAUGCACAUCUCUUCUUAACAAUCACAUCGGUCCCCAAACGGGCAAUUCUGGUUUUCAUAACAGAUUAAUAAUCCAAAAUGUAUUCUAAGUAUUGUAUGGCAAUGUUUCUGUGGUAUGGUUUUUGAUCGGAGUACAGUAAGUAGUUAAUUCUUAUAUGUGGUGGAAACACUGGAGAGGUUCUCUGGAAAGCUUUGAUUCUUUAGGUCCGAAGCAAACACAAAUGUGUUGUAAAGGGACGGUACUGUACCAGUUCCCAUAAUGUUAUAGGUCAGAAGUCAAGACACUGAGGGCCCAUUUAUUAAUCGGUUGUUUGAAGCCUUAAAUCCCAAAUGAAGUUUAAACAUAUAAACCUCCAUUAUUAUGCAACUCUGUGUGUGUGUGUGUGUGCGUGCCUGCCAGCCUGCGUGCAACAGAGGCCCUGAGCUCCAGUCUCAGUGUGGACUUAACCAGACUGUGAACUAAACUGUGUGGGUUAUCUGUCCAGGGGCCAUACACACUACACUCUCCCUCGUUAACCCAGGGGCCACAGUUGAUCCCAGGGGCCACAGGUGAUGUUGGCGGUACAGUCAGGUGCUACAGGCAACCUUUUGGGUCCACGUACAGUAUGUUAUUCCCUAAUUCUACAAUAUUCAGGGUUCUAUCUAGUCCAGCUGUUUGAACUCUCUCUCCCAUAGCCUCUACCUCCUGACCCACACACACACACAAACACACCCUCCUCUCCAGCUGGUUCCUCUCUACUGCUGAGAGAGCAGAACUCUUCUCGACUGCAGUGUUUCAUGUCUACCCAGCGUUGCAGAUGGCGGUCACAUGUCCUGCCCAACAGCUGCCCAAGUCUAAUGUUUUAAUGCUCUAUUGCAGGUCUCAUCAACUACAUUCAGCCGUCGGCUGAUUCUUUUCUUGAGUGGAUGGUCAGGGGGCCGGAACAUAAUUACAAAUAAUUUGUAGACUGUAAAUUUACUGCAAGAAGCCCAAACAGAUAUAAUAUUAGACUUAAACAUGAUCAUUUCAAACCUUGCUUACAUUUGUAUACGAUCACAUACAUCUCUCUAUUAUGCAUGGGAAUACUUUGGAACAAAUUUCCAAAAAAUGUCUGGUGUUUUUACAGUCUUUUAUGUCCAAAAAUAUAAGAUUGUUUACAAUUAGGGAAACCUGCUCUAUUGGUAGAGAUAAUAGAACAGGGGGAGGUGUGUGUGUGCGUCAUAAACUCUUGGUGUGUGUGUGUGUGACCCAAAGGUCUUUGUCGACAAUGGGCAGUUUAUAGUGCAGUGAUCUGAGCCAGCGUCAGCUGCACCAACCACAGACGGAUGAGUUUCACACUUCUAGAAGAAUGGGUUUCUCCAACCAACAGCUCUAUGGCGGUCAAGGCUCAGCUCCGUUCAAGGCUCAGUGUGGUUUCUUUGACAGCGGAGCUCUUCCCCAGACUGCAGGUCUGAGCCCUGAAAGGACAUGCACUUCCUUUAGGUCAACUUUAAUGGGAGGGAGGGAGGGAGGGAGGGAGGGAGGGAGGGAGGGAGGGAGGGAGGGAGGGAGGGAGGGCGGGCCUUGGUCUUGGCCAAGAGACUGAGUCAUUAUUCUGUACUUGUGACUCAUCUCAGAGCCACAGAGAAAAUGGUGAAAACAACACCGACGUAACGUGUGUGUUUGUGGGGGCCUUACUGCAGACACCUGUAACUUCUCCCCCACUGCAGCCAAAAUCUUGUGAAAUAGUGUCUCUUUCUCCCCUGAGUGGCUGUGACAGGCUGGAACAGCUCUGGUGUUAAAUUCUCUUUGUCUCGGUUUGAAAUAAUGAGGCCAUGCUAGUCAUUCAUUACACCACUGGAAUGAACCUGUUAGUGGGAAGAGUGUCUGAAGAAUGUUAUGCAGAAAGGUGAGAGGAAGUCCACCAUUGUUAGAGUAGUCUAUUCCCUAAAGUCAGACUAGAUGAGAGGGUAUUGGUUCAAAUCAAGCCAUGGACUACUGUUUUACCUUCAUUGUGUGUAGCUCAGUUGGUAGAGCAUGGAGCUUGCAGCUCCAGGGUUGUGGGUUCGAUUCCCACGGGGGAGCAGUACGAAAAAAGUAUUAAUGUAUGUAGUCACUACUGUAAGUCACUCUGGAUCAGACCGUCUGCUAAAUGACUAAACUGUCAAUUGUGGCUUUAUUCUAUUUAUUUGCACGACCAAUGUGUCUGAUAUUCAGUUGUGUGUUACCACUUGUGUUCUACGUGUGUUUGUGUGUGUGUGUGUAUAGGGCAGAGCGGCCUAGGGAAGUCCACUCUGAUGAACACCCUGUUCAAGUCCAAGGUGAGCCGUAAGUCAGUGCAGGCCACGUCCCAGGAGAAGAUCCCCAAGACUAUCGAUAUCAAGUCUGUCAGCCACGGUGAGAGGAAGAGGAAAGGAGGAAGCAAUCACUCCUACUGUUUAUUUUACUCCUUCUUUUCUGUACCUCUCCAUCUUUCACUUUAUCAAUCUCACACUCUACUCAGUCUACCUUGUUGUGUUUACAGUCUGAGGUACAUUUGGCCUCUCAGAGGUGCUUGUAUUCAAUCUAACCAUCUCUGUAUGUCUCUCUGUGUGUGUCUCUGUCUGUCUCUGUUCAGACAUUGAGGAGAAGGGGGUGAGGAUGAAACUAACUGUUAUCGACACGCCCGGCUUCGGGGAUCAGAUCAACAACGAGAACUGGUACAGUAACAGUACAAUCCAUAGCUGAAAUGUUAUAUUUAUAAUAUGCUUAUAUUUGAAUGUAUGUGUGCAUAGAUAUUUAUCUAUCUAUCUAUAUCUCUCUCUAUCUAUAUACAGUACCAGUCAAAAGUUUGCACACACCUACUCAUUCAAGGGUUUUUCUUUAUUUUUACUGUUUUCUACAUUGUAGAAUAAUAGUGAAGACAUCAAAACUAUGAAAUAACACAUAUGGAAUCAUGUAGUAACCAAAAAAGUGUUAAACAAAUCAAUAUAUAUUUUAUAUUUUAGAUUCUUCAAAUAGCCACCCUUUGCCUUGAUGACAGCUUUGCACACUCUUGGCAAUCUCUCAACCAGCUUCACCUAGAAUGCUUUUCCAACAGUCUUGAAGGAGUUCCCACAAAUGCUGAGCACUUGUUGGCUGCUUUUCCUUCACUCUGCGGUCCGACUCAUCCCAAACCAUCUCAAUUGUGUUGAGGUCGGGUGAUUGUAGAGGCCAGGUCAUCUGAUGCAGCACUCCAUCACUCUCCUUCUUGGUCAAAUAGCCCUUACACAACCUGGAGGUGUGUUGGGUCAUUGUCCUGUUGAAAAACAAAUGAUAGUCCCACUAAGCACAAACCAGAUUGGAUGACGUAUCGCUGCAGAAUGCUGUGGUAGCCAUGCUGGUUAAGUGUGCCUUGAAUUCUAAAUAAAUCACAGGCAGUGUCACCAGCAAAGCACCCCCACACCAUCACACCUCCUCCUCCAUGCUUCAUGGUGGGAACCACACAUGCGGAGAUCAUCCAUUCACCUACUCUGCGUCUCACAAAGACACGGCAGUUGGAACCAAACAUUUGGAUUCAUCAGACCAAAGGACAGAUUUCCACAAAUCUAAUGUCCAUUGCUCGUGUUUCUUGGCCCAAGCAGGUCUCUUCUUAUUAUUGGUGUCCUUUAGUAGUGGUUUCUUUGCAGCAAUUUGACCAUGAAGGCCUGAUUCACGCAGUCUCCUCUGAACAGUUGAUGUUGAGAUGUGUCUGUGAAGCAUUUAUUUGGGCUGCAAUUUCUGAGGCUGGUAACUCUAAUGAACUUAAUCCUCUGCAGCAGAGGUAACUCUGGGUCUUCCAUUCCGGUGGUGGUCCUCAUGAGAGGUAGUUUCAUCAUAGGGCUUGAUGAUCUUUGCGACUGCACUUGAAGAAACUUUCAAAGUUCUUGAAAUGUUCUGUAUUGACUGACCUUCAUGUCUUAAAGUAAUGAUGGACUGUCAUUCCUCUUUGCUUAUUUGAGCUUAUUUACACAAAUUAUCAAGGAACCUACCAGGUACAACCCUAAAUCUGUAAACAUGGGCACCCUCAUAGAUAUCAUCCUGACUAAUUUACCCUCUAAAUACACCUCCGCUGUCUUCAACCAGGAUCUCAGCGAUCACUGCCUCAUUGCCUGCGUCCGUAAUGGGUCCGCGGUCAAACGACCACCCCUCAUCACUGUCAAACGCUCCCUAAAACACUUUAGCGAGCAGGCCUUUCUAAUUGACCUGGCCGGGUAUCCUGGAUGGAUAUUGACCUCAUUCCGUCAGUAGAGGAUGCCUGGUUGUUCUUUAAAAAUGCUUUCCUCUCCAUCUUAAAUAAGCAUGCCCCAUUCAAAAAAAAAUGCUGAACUAAGAACAGAUAUAGCCCCUGGUUCACCUCAGACUUGACUGCCCUUGACCAGCACAAAAACAUCCUAUGGUGUACUACAUUAGCAUCGAACAGCCCCCGCGAUAUGCAACAAGUCAGGAACCAAUAUACACAAUCAGUUAGGAAAGCAAAGGCUAGCUUUUUCAAACAGAAAUUUGCAUCAUGUAGAAAUAACUUCAAAAGGUUUUGGGACACUGUAAGGUCCAUGGAGAAUAAGAGCACCUCCUCCCAGCUGCCCACUGCACUGAGGCUAGGAAACACUGUCACCACCGAUAAAUCUACGAUAAUCGAGAAUUUCAACAAGCAUUUUGCUAUGGCUGGCCAUGCUUUCCACCUGGCUACCCCUACCCCGGCCACCAGCUCUGCACCCUCCGCUGCAAUUUGCCCAUGCCCCCCCGCUUCUCCUUCACCCAAAUUCAGAUAGCUGAUGUUCUAAAAGAGCUGCAAAAUCUGGACCCCUACAUAUCAGCUGGGCUAGCUGAUUAGCCGCCGAAAUUGUCGCAACCCCUAUUACGAGCCUGUUCAACCUCUCUUUCGUAUCGUCUGAGAUCCCCCAGAGAUUAAAAAGCUGCCACGGUCAUCACCCUCUUCAAAGGGGGUGACACUCUAGAUCCAAACUGUUACAGACCUAUAUCCAUCCCGCCCUGCCUUUUGAAAGUAUUUGAAAGCCAAGUUAACAAACAGAUCACCGACCAUUUCGAAUCCCACCGUACCUUCUCCGCUAUGCAAUCUGGUUUCCAAGCCACGCUCAAGGGCCUAAACGAUAUUAUAACCGCGAUCGAUAAAAGACAGUACUGUGCAGCCGUCUUCAUCGACCUGGCCAAGGCUUUCGACUCUGUCAAUCACCGCAUUCUUAUUGGCAGACUAAAUAGCCUUGGUUUCUCAAAUGACUGCCUCGCCUGGUUCACCAACUACUUCUCAGAUAGAGUUCAAUGUGUCAAAUUGGAGGGCCUGUUGUCUGGACCUCUGGCAGUCUCUAUGGGGGUGCCACAGGGUUCAAUUCUCGGGCCGACUAUUCUCUGUGUAUAUCAAUGAUGUUGCUCUUGCUGCUGGUGACUCUCAGAUCCACCUCUACGCAGACGACACCAUUUUGUAUACAUCUGGCCCUUCAUUGGACACUGUGUUAACAAACCUCCAAACGAGCUUCAAUGCCAUACAACACUCCUUCCGUAGCCUCCAACUGCUCUUAAACGCUAGUAAAACUAAAUGCAUGCUCUUUAAUCGAACGCUGCUUGCACCCGCCCGCCCGACUAGAAUCACUACUCUCAGCGGGUCUGACUUAGAAUAUGUGGACAACUACAAAUACCUAGGUGUCUGGUUAGACCGUAAACUCUCCUUCCAGACUCACAUUAAGCAUAUCCAAUCCAAAGUUAAAUCUAGAAUCGGCUUCCUAUUUCGCAACAAAGCCUCCUUCACUCAUGCUGCCAAACAUGCCCUCGUAAAACUGACUAUCCUACCGAUCCUUGACUUCGGCGAUGUCAUUUACAAAAUAGCCUCCAACACUCUACUCAGCAAAUUGGAUGUAGUCUAUCACAGUGCCAUCUGUUUUUCCACCAAAGCCCCAUAUACUACCCACCAUUGUGACCUGUGCGCUCUCAUUGGCUGGCCCUCACUACAUAUUCGUCGCCAAACCCACUGUCUCCAGGUCAUCUAUAAAUCACUGCUAGGCAAAUCCCCGCCUUAUCUUAGCUCAUUGGUCAACAUAGCAACACCCACCCGUAGUAUGCGCUCCAGCAGGUAUAUCUCACUGGUCAUUCCCAAAGCCAACACCUCCUUUGGCCGCCAUUCCUUCCAGUUCUCUGCUGCCAAUGACUGGAACGAACUGCAAAAAUCUCUGAAGCUGGAGACUCUUAUCUCCCUCGCUAACUUUAAGCAUCAGUUGUCAGAGCAGCUAACCGAUCACUGCACCUGUACACAGCCCAUCUGUAAUUAGCCCACCCAACUACCUCAUCACCAUAUGGUUAUUUAUUUAUUUGUACCCCAGUAUCUCUAUUUGCACAUCAUCUUUUGCACAUCUAUCACUCCAGUGUUAAUACUAAAUUGUAAUUAUUUUGCACUAUGGCCUAUUUAUUGCCUUACCUCCAUAACUUACUACAUUUGCACACACUGUAUAUAGAUUUUCUAUUGUGUUUUUGACUGUACGUUUUUGUUUAUCCCAUAUGUAACUCUGUGUUGUUGUUGUUUUUAUCGCACUGCUUUGCUUCAUCUUGUAAAUGAGAACUUGUUCUCAACUGGCUUACCUGGUUAAAUAAAGGUUAAAUAAAUAAAUAAAAAAUAUGGACUUGGUCUUUUACCAAAUAGGGCUAUCUUCUGUAUACCAUCCCUACCUUGUCACAACACAACCGAUUGGCUCAAACGCAUUAAGAAGGAAAGAAAUUCCACAAAUUAACUUUUAACAAGGCACACCUGUUAAUUGAAAUGCAUUCCAGGUGACUACCUCAUGAAGCUGGUUGAGAGAAUUUGUUUAACACUUUUUUGGUUACUACAUGAUUCCAUAUGUGUUAUUUCAUAGUUUUGAUGUCUUCACUAUUAUUCUACAUUGUAGAAAAUAGUAAGAAAUAAAGAAAAACUCUGGAAUGAGUAGGCGUGUCCAAACUUUUGGCUGGUACUGUAUAUACAGUUAAUAUAAAUGGUUACCCAAUCCAUCUCAUCUAGAUGACUAGUGUACACAGUACUGUAUAUGACCUCAUCUAUCCUCUUUCUCUCCCCCCUGCUAACUCCCUCUUCCUGUCUUUCUCACUUGUCUCCCUCUAUCCAUCCCCCAAAACUCCCCCUCUCCAUCUUUCUCUUUUAAUCUGCCUCUCCCCUUCCUUCCACUUCCUGUCUCCCCCCCCCCCCUCCACAGUUGGCAGCCUAUCAUGAAGUUCAUUAAUGCCCAGUAUGAGCAGUACCUUCAGGAGGAGAUCAACAUCAACAGGAAGAAGAGGAUUCCAGACUCACGGGUUCACUGCUGCAUCUACUUCAUACCCCCUACUGGACACUGGUGAGUGCUGCUACGCGUACACACACACACAUGCGUACAUACACACACAGGAAGACGCGCACAUGCACAGACACACACAUACACACACACACACACACAGUUAGACGUGCACAGACACACUCACACAUUCCUUGUGAAGGGUAUGAAUGUGUGGAAUGUUUCAGGUGAAUGUUUAGAUAUGGCUGGGAGGUAAUCAAGCUGAUUAUUAGCUAAGCUUCAUUCUUUGGAUAUUCAAAAAAUAAAAAAUGGUCCUAUGCUGCUAGUGGGAGCGAUAAGAGAACAGUGUGUGUGUGUGUGUGUGUGUGUGUGUGUGUGUGUGUGUGUGCACAUGCUUGUCUGUCUGACCCAAAGGUCUUUGUCGACAAUAAUUGUCAUACACACACAAGCACAGUGUCAACGCAACGGUGCUGCUGCCCCCUUUUGUCCUUGACUGAACAGUAAAGAGUAUGUAACUGGGAGUUUGUAAAAGGAGGGAGAGUGAGAAAGAAAGAGUGAGAGAGGGAGGGAAGGAAGUGAUUUAUGUUAGAUAAGCAGUGAGUCAUAGGCAGAGUCCUACUCAAAUAGCCCAGACUCAUCAGAACAGAAGAGGAGAACACGGUGAGUUUGCCAUGACUUUCUAAUACACGUUAGUUAUAAAAACAAUCUAAAGCCCUGUGCUGUGCCAUUCAAAUAUCAGAUAUGAUGUCGAACGUCAUACUGUGCCCUUCUGUGUAACAUAUACAGCCUAUGUAUGGGCCAGAUUCCCAGCCAGAAUGGAGAUUCUCCAUUGAGUACGCUUUUUAGUCCAGGACUAGGACUGUCUAUGUUUGAGAAACCUGCCCUAAAUGUACAGUUCAUGUUCUGCUACCCCUCACCACCGCUCUGACUUGACCUGUAGUGGAUCCUCCUCUGCUCCAGCAGCUGAGAGGGACAGACAGAUGUGGAAACACUUACUCUUCCAGACCCCCCUCCAUUUCCUGUUUCACAGGCAGCGAGUUGCAACACGUCCCAUAACACCCGUUUUCCAUGACUGGAAAAAAAUGUAUUUCUCUCUCUCUUUCGCUAUGCCUUGAAACAAACGCAUGUGUUUGCCUCCCUGCUCCAAGUUUCUGUCUCGGGUGUUACUGCUGCUCACACAUCUGGGCCUGAUUGAGCUUUGUAUAGAGCUAGCCCCCCAUCUGUGGUGUAUUGGUUUAACCCAACACUCCUGGGAACCUUAACAGUCUGGGGCGUACCGAUAGUAAAUUCAGGAGAAGCCAUUGUAUCUGACUAUGCUGGUGUCAGCAAAUUGAAUUUACUAGCAAUAGUAGUAGUAGUUACACAUUUACCUGAACUAGGGAGGAGGAGGGAAAUGUAUAUUUGAGGAUUUCCAGUGUGUGUGUUGGCAUCCCGCUCUCGCUCUCAUCACAGCAGCUUGAUUCUGUUUAGCUUUUGAGACCCUGUUUUGCUUUUCCACAUUGCCAUGGUGAUCUACACACACACAAAAUGAGUCAUCAUAGCCCACCUGUUGGUACAGUAUACAGCUAUUACCCUUUAAUUGAAUUUCCCUCCUGUGUCAUGUCUGCUCCUCCUUUGCAUGUACCCCAUAAUGGUUCUACCCUUUGUUGCUAUGGCCUGUGGUCCUGUCCUGUGGUGGACUGCAGGCUUUGCCCUCAUGUCUGUGGUUGUGAUUUACAAGAGCGAUAGCCAUGACAUAUUGUGCCCCCCCUCCAAUAUAGCUUGAGCAUCGUUUCAUGUUCUUCCAGCGUUGCAGAUGUCUGUCACAUGUCCUGCCCAACAACUAUCCAAGUCUGUUUAAUACUCUAGUGGGAGCGAUAAGAGAACAGUGUGUGUGUGUGUGUGUGUGUGUGUGUGUGUGUGUGUGCACAUGCUUGUCUGUCUGACCCAAAGGUCUUUGUCGACAAUGGGCAGUUUAUAAUGCAGUGAUCUGAGCCAGCGUCAGCUGCACAAACCACAGACAGAUGAGUUUCACACUUAUGGAAGACUGGGUUUCUCCAAUCAACAGCUCAAUGGCGGUCAAGGCUCAGCUCAGUUCAGUUCAAGGCUCAGUGUGGUUUAAUUGACAGUUACAGACAUGCACUGACUGAUGUGGGUCUCAGAUAUACAGUAGGUUUAGCUAGUGCGUAGAGUAUGUAUGUGACGCUACUGUACUGUAUAUCUGUGCUUGGGGCGGCAGGUAGCUUAGUGGGUAAGAGCGUUGUGCCAGUAACCGAAAGGUCGCUGGUUCUAAUCCCCGAGCCGACUAGGUGAAAAAUCUGUCGAUGUGCCCUUAAGCAAGGCACUUAACCCUAAUUGCUCCUGUAAGUCGCUCUGGAUAAGAGCGUCUGCUAAAUGACGUAAAUGUAAAUGUAAUGUAAAUGUGCUUGGGUUGCCCUCAGACAGCUGUGCUGUGGGUAUUUUUCUUGGAGGAUACCGCCCUCUGGUGGUUCUAGGAUGUAUCACACUGUCGAUCCAAAUAAGGACUGUUGAACAAGAACUAUAAAGCAGACCUGGGUUCUAAUACUAUUUGAAAUCAUUUCUAAUACAUUAGCCAGGCUUGAUUGAGCUUGCCUGUUGCAAUGGAACCAACAGAAAAGUCCCAAAAGUGAAAACCCUGCCCACCUGGCGCUCCAGGCAGGCUAAAGCGUAUACUCAAAGUAUGUGAGACAUUUCAAAUAGUGUUUGAACCCAGGUCUGCUAUAAAUACAGGUGAACUGAAGCCCCUCUCUCACCCCCCCACCCCCCUCUCGCUCUCGCUCUCGCUCUCAGUCUGCGGCCUCUGGAUGUGGAGUUUAUGAGGCGUCUCAGUAAGGUGGUCAAUAUUGUUCCUGUCAUCGCCAAGGCAGACACACUCACCCUGGAGGAGAGGGACUUCUUCAAAAAGAAGGUGAGCUCUCUCUCUUUCUUUCGCUCUAUUCCUCUCUACUUCCAUCUUUAUCUGUCUCCAAUUCCUCUCUUUCUGUUGCAUGCUGUCUCUCGCGCUCUCUCUCGCUCGCAUAUUUUGUGUUCUCCGCAGCAACAGGAAAUGUUUCUUAAGUUGUUUGGCCACUGCUGCCCGUUCGGUCACUGGCCAAUGAGAGAACACUGAGGAUGCUUUGUGUGUAUAGAGUACUUGUGAGGUCAGAACCUAUAAAGCCAGGCUCUGGAUUGGCUAGAGAGGAGUUAAGUGGGAGUCCAACCUCUCUCUCCCUCCCUCCUUUUUCUCCCUCUCCAUCUCGCUCUCUCUUUCUCUCUCUCCCCCUUCUCUCUCUCCCUCCCUUCCCAAAUUUUGGAUUGGCUAGAGGAGAGUUCUGUGAGUUCUGUCCAACUUCUCCCGUCUCCUUCCCCCUCUCCCCUGACUGCUGAUGUGGCCACAGUGGACUCCAUUACAUCACUUCAUCUUAUGUGGUGGGGAUCUGGAACAUUAAAAAGUAAUUUGAUCACAGACCCCAAGAGCGCGAAAGAGAGGGAAAGGAGCAGAAGUAGCAGCAGUAGUAGUAGCAAUAGUAGCAGUAGUAGAUGCAGUAGUAGUAGCAAUAGUAGCAGUAGUAGAUGCAAUAGUAGCAGUAGUAGAUGCAGUAGUAGAGCAAUAGUAGCAGUAGUAGAUGUAGCAGUAGUAGUAGAUGCAGUAGUAGCUGUAGCAGUAGUAGUAGAUGCAGUAGCAGUAGUAGUAGCAGUAGUAGAUGUAGUAGUAGUAGAUGUAGUAAUAGAUGUAGAUGCAGUAGUAGUAGUAGAUGCAGUAGUAAUAGUAGAUGUAGAUGUACAGUCGUGGUCAAAAGUUUUGAGAAUGACACAAAUAUAAAUUUUCUCAAAGUCUGCUGCCUCAGUUUUUAUGAUGGCAAUUUGCAUAUACUCCAGAAUGUUAUGAAGAGUGAUCAGAUGAAUUGCAAUUAAUUGCAAAGUCCCUCUUUGCCAUGAAAAUUAACUUAAUCCCCCCAAAACAUUUACACUGCAUUUCAGCCCUGCCACAAAAGGACCAGCUGACAUCAUGUCAGUGAUUCUCUCGUUAACACAGGUGAGAGUGUUGACGAGGACAAGGCAUGCGUACAUACACUCUGUCAUGCUGAUUGAGUUAGAAUAACAAACUGGAAGCUUUAAAAGGAGGGUGGUGCUUGAAAUCAUUGUUCUUCCUCUGUUAACCAUGGUUACCUGCAAGGAAACACGUGCCGUCAUCAUUGCUUUGCACAAAAAGGGCUUCACAGGCAAAGAUAUUGCUGCUAGUAAGAUUGCACCUAAAUCAACCAUUUAUCGGAUCAUCAAGAACUUCAAGGAGAGACGUUCAAUUGUUGUGAAGAAGGCUUCAGGGCGCCCAAGAAAGUCCAGCAAGCGCCAGGACCGUCUCCUAAAGUUGAUUCAGCUGCGGGAUCGGGGCACCACCAGUGCAGAGCUUGCUCAGGAAUGGCAGCAGGCAGGUAUGAGUGCAUUUGCACGCACAGUGUGGCGAAGACUUUUGGAGGAUGGCCUGGUGUGAAGAAGGGCAGCGAGGAAGCCACUUCUCUCCAGGAAAAACAUCAGGGACAGACUGAUAUUGUGCAAAAGGUACAGGGAUUGGACUGCUGAGGACUGGGUUAAAGUCAUUUUCUCUGAUGAAUCCCCUUUCCGAUUGUUUGGGGCAUCCGUAAAAAUACUUGCCCGGAGAAGACAAGGUGAGCGCUACCAUCAGUCGUGUAUCAUGCCAACAGUAAAGCAUCCUGAGACCAUUCAUGUGUGGGCUUGCUUCUCAGCCAAGGGAGUGGGCUCACUCACAAUUUUGCCUAAGAACACAGCCAUGAAUAAAGAAUGGUACCAACACAUCCUCAGAGAGCAACUUCUCCCAACCAUCCAAGAACAGUUUGGUGACGAACAAUGCCUUUUCCAGCAUGAUGGAGCACCUUGCCAUAAGGCAAAAGUGAUAACUAAGUGGCUUGGGGAACAAAACAUCGACAUUUUGGGUCCAUGGCCAGGAAACUCCCCAGACCUUAAUCCCAUUGAGAACUUGUGGUCAAUCCUCAAGAGGCGGGUGGACAAACAAAAACCCACACAUUCUAACAAACUCCAACCAUUGAUUAUGCAAGAAUGGGCUGCCAUCAGUCAGGGUGUGGCCCAGAAGUUAAUUGAUAGCAUGCCAGGGCGGAUUGCAGAGGUCUUGAAAAAGAAGGGUCAACACUGCAAAUAUUGACUCUUUGCAUAAACGUAAUGUAAUUGUCAAUAAAAGCCUUUGACACUUAUGGAAUGCUUGUAAUUAUACUUCAGUAUACCAUAGUAACAUCUGACAAAAAUAUCUAAAAACACUGAAGCAGCAAACUUUGUGAAGACCAAUACUUGUGUCAUUCUCAAAACUUUUGACCACGACUGUAGAUGCAGUAGUAGUAGUAGUAGUAGAUGCAGUAGUAGUAGUAGAUGCAGUAGUAGUAGUAGAUGCAGUAGUAGAAGUAGAUGCAGUAGUAGUAGAUAUAAAAGUAGUAAUUGAAAAAGGCAGGCAUUCAUUUCAAGACAAUUACUGGCAGCCAUGCUCACGGAUCCCCGCCAGUGUCCCUCUCAUUAGGGAAGCUCUGUAUGACCGGAUAUAAAAAGUUGAACUGGUGUGUGUGUGUGUGUGUGUGCUUGUCUGUUUGUAAACGUGUACACUGACAGUGAUGGGCUGUUGGUUUCAACAGAACAUUUUGGAGGUAUUUAGUGAAGGGAUUUACGUUAACUCCACCUAAAGCUGUGGGUAACGCAGUGUGCAGAUGGUCUCGAUUUCUCACAAAAUACUGUUAUGUAUCCAAAGUAUUUGUCGGACAUAUCUGGCUAAUAGAGGUUGUUCUGCUUUUGCUCGUGUGUUCCCAUAACCUUUAGUUCAUGUAUUCAAGUCUCUGCAAGGGUGUAUAAUGCAUUUGUCGUGUUUCUCAACCUUUUUUAUAGCAGGGACCAGCAAGCUAUGUGUUUUAUUGUAGGCAUAGGAUUUUUACUGAAUGUUGUGUUAGCAGUACUGGGGCAGUCUCACCCUCACCUCUCACCCAGAACUGUUUUUGUGUCCCCAGAUCAGGGAAGAGCUACGGGCCAAUGGGAUCGACGUGUACCCCCAGAAGGAGUUUGACGAGGACGCCGAGGACCGGAUGAUUAAUGAGAAAAUCAGGGUGAUUUGAGUUGACACAUCUGUCCACAGCUUUACCCACCUGCCAUAAGCCCUCACAUUACCGCUUAUAGCUCCACUCACCUGUGCAACGUAGCUGUUACAGUAGGUCCCUGUUGAUCCAUGUUUAUAACCUGGUUAAAUUACAGUUAGGUCCCUGUUGAUCCAUGUUGAUAACCUGGUUAAAUUACAGUUGGGUCCCUGUUGAUCCAUGUUGAUAACCUGGUUAAAUUACAGUUAGGUCCCUGUUGAUCCAUGUUGAUAACCUGGUUAUAUUACAGUUAGGUUCCUGUUGAUCCAUGUUGAUAACCUGGUUAUAUUACAGUUAGGUCCCUGUUGAUCCAUGUUUAUAACCUGGUUAAAUUACAGUUGGGUCCCUGUUGAUCCAUGUUGAUAACCUGGUUAAAUUACAGUUAGGUCCCUGUUGAUCCAUGUUGAUAACCUGGUUAUAUUACAGUUAGGUUCCUGUUGAUCCAUGUUGAUAACAUGGUUAUAUUACGGUUAGGUCCCUGUUGAUCCAUGUUGAUAACCUGGUUAUAUUACAGUUAGGUCCCUCUGCUGCAAUAUACAGUGGGGAGAACAAGUAUUUGAUACACUGCCGAUUUUGCAGGUUUUCCUACUUACAAAGCAUGUAGAGGUCUGUAAUUUUUAUCAUAGGUACACUUCAACUUUGAGAGACGGAAUCAGAAAAUCACAUUGUAUGAUUUUUAAGUAAUUAAUUUGCAUUUUAUUGCAUGACAUAAGUAUUUGAUCACCCACCAACCAGUAAGAAUUCCGGCUCUCACAGACCUGUUAGUUUUUCUUUAAGAAGCCCUCCUGUUCUCCACUCAUUACCUAUAUUAACUGCACCUGUUUGAACUCGUUACCUGUAUAAAAGACACCUGUCCACACACUCAAUCAAACAGACUCCAACCUCUCCACAAUGGCCAAGACCAGAGAGCUGUGUAAGGACAUCAGGGAUAAAAUUGUAGACCUGCACAAGGCUGGGAUGGGCUACAGGACAAUAGGCAAGCAGCUUGGUGAGAAGGCAACAACUGUUGGCGCAAUUAUUACAAAAUGGAAGAAGUUCAAGAUGACGGUCAAUCACCCUCGGUCUGGGGCUCCAUGCAAGAUCUCACCUCGUGGGGCAUCAAUGAUCAUGAGGAAGGUGAGGGAUCAGCCCAGAACUACACGGCAGGACCUGGUCAAUGACCUGAAGAGAGCUGGGACCACAGUCUCAAAGAAAACCAUUAGUAACACACUACGCCGUCAUGGAUUAAAAUCUUGCAGCGCACGCAAGGUCCCCCUGCUCAAGCCAGCGCAUGUCCAGGCCCGUCUGAAGUUUGCCAAUGACCAUCUGGAUGAUCCAGAGGAGGAAUGGGAGAAGGUAAUGUUGUCUGAUGAGACAAAAAUAGAGCUUUUUGGUCUAAACUCCACUCGCCGUGUUUGGAGGAAGAAGAAGGAUGAGUACAACCCCAAGAACACCAUCCCAACCGUGAAGCAUGGAGGUGGAAACAUCAUUCUUUGGGGAUGCUUUUCUGCAAAGGGGACAGGACGACUGCACCGUAUUGAGGAGAGGAUGGAUGGGGCCAUGUAUCGCGAGAUCUUGGCCAACAACCUCCUUCCCUCAGUAAGAGCAUUGAAGAUGGGUCGUGGCUGGGUCUUCCAGCAUGACAACGACCCGAAACACACAGCCAGGGCAACUAAGGAGUGGCUCCAUAAGAAGCAUCUCAAUGUCCUGGAGUGGCCUAGCCAGUCUCCAGACCUGAACCCAAUAGAAAAUCUUUGAAAGUCCGUAUUGCCCAGCGACAGCCCCGAAACCUGAAGGAUCUGGAGAAGGUCUGUAUGGAGGAGUGGGCCAAAAUCCCUGCUGCAGUGUGUGCAAACCUGGUCAAGACCUACAGGAAACGUAUGAUCUCUGUAAUUGCAAACAAAGGUUUCUGUACCAAAAAUUAAGUUCUGCUUUUCUGAUGUAUCAAAUACUUAUGUCAUGCAAUAAAAUGCAAAUUAAUUACUUAAAAAUCAUACAAUGUGAUUUUCUGAAUUUUUGUUUUAGAAUCCGUCUCUCACAGUUGAAGUGUACCUAUGAUACAAAUUACAGACCUCUACAUGCUUUGUAAGUAGGAAAACCUGCAAAAUCGGCAGUGUAUCAAAUACUUGUUCUCCCCACUGUAUAUCAAAUAUCUGUUUAUUUAACUCUUCAUGGUAUGUCUCUGUGUUCCUCCUGUCUGUCUCUGUGUUCCUUUUGUCCUGUCCUGUAGGAGAUGAUCCCGUUUGCUGUGGUGGGCAGCGACCAGGAGUACCAGGUCAACGGCAGGAGGCUUCUGGGAAGGAAGACAAAGUGGGGAACCAUAGAAGGUAGAUGGCUCCUCCUCUUUCUCCAUCUCAUUCCUCGUUUAACACUUUUUAUCUUUGAGCAGGAGUCUCUCUCCUUAGCAGUAUGAAGGCUAAUGUUAUAAAGAGGUAUUUUUAGUCUUUCUUUGUUGAUUUAAUGUACACCGGCCAGUUAAGACUAAACGAGACAGAAGAGAUGAGAGGGAGGAGUAGAGGGAGGAGGAGCAGGGCGGCACCUCUCCAUUUUGGACUGUUUGGUUCCGGAACCUAUUUGUCAGGAUCCGGUACUUCUUGUGGCAUGAAAAAUUAUUUAAACUUUUUGUAAUGUAAAAAUUCUAAGAAAAGCGAUCAAAGUUCAUUCGAGUUCCCUCUUCGUUAAUUCAAAAAAAAAUAAAGAUGUUCAGCCCCGGCCUGAUAUUCUAAGAGUUGAUUUGGGUUGGGCCGGCCCAGGCUUAUGGUUUGCGCAACAUUGUAACCUAUGUUUGAGACCAAUGCCUGGCCGUAGCUGUGUGAAAAGCACGGCAGUAUCUCUCACAGAACUAGAAUGAGAUUCACUUUCCAUGCAACUCUCAUCUCUCCAGCUUUACACUUAAUCAUUUAUUUCCUUAUAGAAUCAUAGCUGCACGACGGGUUCUGGAGGAAAUAGUUCAGAAUAGCCUACUACACUUAAAAUUUUGCCACAGAGGAUCAAUUGCUUCUUUUAAAAAAUAGCCUAUCUGUGGAUUGUGUGUAUCCCAAUAACAAAGCAUAGCCUACAGUUGUCAGUGAACAAACAGCAUGCAGACAAAACAGGCCUUUCGCAAUAUUUCAAAUACAAUCGCGGGAAAACAGGUUGGAAAGUAAAUGGCUCCUGCUAAAAAGAGAAGACUCUAAUCUGUCUGCUGUAGGCUACCAAAAUAUUUAAUCAACUUCCAAAUAUUGUUUUACUUUGAGAGAUAGGCUUUUGGCACCAGCGCAUCUGCCAUCACCAGCGAGUGAGCUGCGCAUCAUUGGGUGAGUCAGUAAAACUGGAAAUAAUUUUUAGGACUAAUUUCCACCUCAUAUUGUAGCCUACAAUAUAUGUGUCUCCAUACACCUAGGCCUAGGCUAUUGAUGGAUUCAAGACAAGGUCAUUUUUAUUGAUAUCAGAUUCUCAGUUUGUCAGUGUCAAAGUAGCCUGUCAUUUCGAUCAUUUGUUCGUUAUUAAAAAAGAUUCUGCCAAAGUCUCCAGUCAUGUAGAAUUGCAUGAAAUGCAUUUAUAAAAGGCCACAUUUUUCCCAGACCCUAGGCUACUAAACAUUUUCCUCAUAUGUGAAACUUCUGUAAGUGCCUGUACUAUACUGUUCUAUGCCACUACAUUUUACAUUUACAUUUACAUUUUAGUCAUUUAGCAGACGCUCUUAUCCAGAGCGACACACAAAUGCAAUAUGAUGAUAUGCAUGAAACACUUUAUAAUAAAGGUAAUUUUCUCAUGCGUUCCGGUACCUCAGAGCUCCCCAGGUCACCCGCCUCUCACGCUCACUUUUUGUUCCCGCACCUCCCGAUUUACAAAUUAGGCACUGGGGAGGAGUAGAGGGGGAGGAGUAAAGAGGGCCUUCAGAUGAUUUCACUUGUCCCCAGCCCAGACAGACAGAGAGACACAACGACUGUGCCAUGCAGCUGGCUGAGACUACCGCUCUACAAUGUGUCUGUAUGGAAGAGGGAGGCAGAGCAUGUAACACCCCUCUCUACAAAGGCUGCAGUGUUUACGGGCCUUUGGCCACAUAGUGACAGAGGGGUGGAGCGGAGGGUACAGUACAGAUCUAUCUGUCCCCACUGAAAGUGCCACUCAUUGGAUUGGUGGCAUGUUGUCUUAGAGGGAUUCCACUGUACUCCACACACACACACACCUGGAUACCUAGUUAGCCUCGGUCUCAACCAGGGGUAAACAACUAGAUAUACCCCUACUCCUUAAACUCAGUAUGCGUGUUGUCUGGGUGCUUUUAUUGGCAUAUGUACAGCUACUUAUUGAACCAUAGUUUUUUACUUGCCUCUCUCAAUAGUAGAUCUGAAUUCCAGCUUAACGACCAGUACUACAUUUAUAUGCAAACCAUUUCAAAAUGUCAUCAUCACACACUUCAAAUGAUCUGAUUUCAACCAUGCAUUUAAUUACAUCACAAUCAGAUUGAGAGAGGCGACUACUUCUCUACUUCUAUUAAAACCUCCCUAAAGAAAACCUUCAUUUCCUGCAAAGGAAGCCUAGAGCGUCUGCAGUGGCAGGUUCUGAAGUUGGGUUAUAGACCUGUGAUACUAUCUAUAAUUCAGACACACAUCCUCCUGUGGCGGGCGGGGCAGCGUCUGACUGAAUCUGUUCAGCCGUCAGCUUUAACUAGUGCUCUCUCUCUCAAUUCAAUUCAAUUCAAUUCAAUUGAAGGGCUUUAUUGGCAUGGGAAACGUAUGUUAACAUUGCCAAAGCAAGUGAAGUAGAUAGUAAACAAAAGUGAAAUAAACAAUAAAUAUUAACAGUAAACAUUACACUCAGAAGUUCCACAAGAAUAAAGACAUUUCAAAUGUCAUAUUAUGUCUCUAUACAGUGUUGUAACAAUGUGCCAAUAGUUAAAGUACAAAUGGUGUUUGUUCUUCACUGGUUGCCCUUUUCUUGUGGCAACAGGUCACAAAUCUUGCUGCUGUGAUUGCACACUGUGGUUUUUCACCCAGUAGAUAAGGGAGUUUAUCAAAAUUGGGUUUGUUUUCGAAUUCUUUGUGGAUCUCUGUAAUCUGAGGGAAAUAUGUGUCUCUAAUAUGGUCAUACAUUUGGCAGGAGGUUAGGAAGUGCAGCUCAGUUUCCACCUCAUUUUGUGGGCAGUGUGCACAUAGCCUGUCUUCUCUUUAGAGACAGGUCUGCCUACGGCAGCCUUUCUCAAUAGCAAGGCUAUGCUCACUGAGUCUGUACAUAGUCAAAGCUUUCCUUAAGUUUGGGUCAGUCACAGUGGUCAGGUAUUCUGCCACUGUGUACUCUCUGUUUAGGGCCAAAUAGCAUUCUAGUUUGCGCUGUUAUUUUGUUAAUUCUUUCCAAUGUGUCAAGUAAUUCUCUUUUUGUUUUCUCAUGAUUUGGUUGGGUCUAAUUGUGUUGUUGUUGUUGUCCUGUGGCUCUGUGGGGUUUGUUUGUUUUUGUGAACAGAGCCCCGGGACCAGCUUACAUAGGGGACUCUUCUCCAAGUUCAUCUCUCUGUAGGUGAUGGCUUUGUUAUGGAAGGUUUGGGAAUCGCUUCCUUUUAAGUGGUUCUAGAAUUUAACGGCUCUUUUCUGGAUUUUGAUAAUUAGCGGGUAUCGGCCUAAUUCUGCUCUGCAUGCAUUAUUUGGUGGUUUUCGUUGUACACAGAGGAUAUUUUUGCAGAAUUCUGCAUGCAGAGUCUCAAUUUGGUGUUUGUCAUAUUUUGUGAAUUCUUGGUUGGGUGAGCGGACCCCAGACCUCACGGCCAUAAAGGGCAAUGGGUUCUAUAACUGGUUCAAGUAUUUUUAGCCAGAUCCUAAUUGGUAUGUCGAAUUUUAUGUUCCUUUUGAUGGCAAUAAAGGCCCUUCUUGCCUUGUCUCUCAGAUCAUUCACAGCUUUGUUGAAGUUACGUGUGGCGCUGAUAUUUAGGCUGAGGUAUGUAUAGUUUUUUGUGUGCUCUAGCGCAACAGUGUCUAGAUGGAAUUUGUAUUUGUGGUCCUGGCAACUGGACCUUUUUUGGAACACCAUUAUUUUGGUCUUAUUGAGAUUUACUGUCAGGGCCCAGGUCUGACAGAAUCUGUGCAGAAGAUCUAGGUGCUGCUGUAGGCCCUCCUUGGUUGGUGACAGAAGCACCAGAUCAUCAGCAAACAGUAGACAUUUGACUUCAGAUUCUAGUAGGGUGAGGCCAGGUGCUGCAUACUUCUAGUGCCCUCGCCAAUUCGUUGAUAUAUAUGUUGAAGAGGGUGGGGCUUAAACUGCAUCCCUGUCUCACCCCACGGCCCUGUGGAAAGAAAUCUGUGUGUUUUUUGCCUAUUUUAACCACACACUUGUUGUUUGUGUACAUGGAUUUUAUAAUGUCAUAUGUUUUUCCCCCAACCCCACUUUCCUGAGAAGACUCAUGAGAAGACUUUGCCUUUGUUUUGGUUUGUUUGUUUGUCAAUUAGGGUGUGCAGGGUGAAUACGUGGUCUGUCGUACGGUAAUUUGGUAAAAAGCCCAUUUGACAUUUGCUCAGUACAUUGUUUUCACCGAGGAAAUUAAUUAGUCUGCUGUUAAUGAUAAUGCAGAGGAUUUUCCCAAGGUUGCUGUUGACGCAUAUCCCACGGUUGUUAUUGGGGUCAAAUUUGUCUCCACUUUUGUGGAUUGGGGUGAUCAGUCCUUGGUUCCAAAUAUUGGUGAAGAUGCCAGAGCUAAGGAUGAUGUUAAAGAGUUUAAGUAUAGCCAAUUGGAAUUUGUGGUCUGUAUAUUUUAUCAUUUCUUUGAGGAUACCAUCAACACCACAGGCCUUUUUGGGUUGGAGGGUUUGUAUUUUGUCCUGUUCAUUCAAUGUAAUUGGAGAAUCCAGUGGGUUCUGGUAGUCUUUAAUAGUUGAUUCUAAGAUUUGCAUUUGAUUAUGUAUAUUCUUUUGCUGUUUGGUCUUUGUUAUAGGGCCAAAAAGAUUGGAGAAGUGGUUUACCCAUACAUCUCCGUUUUGGAUAGAUAUCUCUUCGUGUUGUUGUUUGUUUAGUGUUUUCCAAUUUUCCCAGAAGUGGUCAGAGUCUAUGGAUUCUUCAAUUACAUUGAGCUGAUUUCUGACAUGCUGUUCCUUCUUUUUCCGUGGUGUAUUUCUGUAUUGUUUUAUUGAUUCACCAUAGUGAAGGCGUAGGCUCAGGUUUUCUGGGUCUCUAUGUUUCUCAAUUUCUUUCUUAGGUUUUUGCAUUCUUCAUCAAACCAUUUGUCACUGUUACUUUUCUUCGGUUUUCUGUUAGAGAUUUUUAGAUUUCAUAGGGAAGCUGAGAGGUCAAAUAUACUGUUUAGGUUUUCUACUGCCAAGUUUACACCUUCACUAUUACAGUGGAACGUUUUGUCCAGGAAGUUGUCUAAAAGGGAUUGAAUUUGUUGUUGCCUAAUUGUUUUUUGGUAGGUUUCGACACUACUUUCCUUCCAUCUAUAGCAUUUCUUAAUAUUAUUCAGUUCCUUUGGCUUUGAUGCCUCAUGAUUUAGUAUUGCUCUGUUCAAGUAGACUGUGAUUUUGCUGUGGUCUGAUAGGGGUGUCAGUGGGCUGACUGUGAAUGCUCUGAGAGACUCUGGGUUGAGGUCAGUGAUAAAGUAGUCUACAGUACUACUGCCAAGAGAUGAGCUAUAGGUGUACCUACCAUAGGAGUCUCCUUGAAGCCUACCAUUGACUAUGUACAUACCCAGCGUGCGGCAGAGCUGCAGGAGUUGUGACCCGUUUUUGUUGGUUAUGUUGUCGUAGUUGUGCCUAGGGGGGCAUAUUGGGGAGGGAAUGCUGUCACCUCCAGGCAGGUGUUUGUCCCCGUGUGCUGAGGGUGUCAGGUUCCUGUCCAGUUUUGGCAUUUAGGUCGCCACAGACUAGUACAUAUCCCUGGGUCUGGAAAUGAUUGAUUUCCCCCUCCAGGAUGGAGAAGUUGUCUUCAUUAAAGUAUGGGGAUUCUAGUGGGGGGAUAUACAGUGGGGGAAAAAAGUAUUUAGUCAGCCACCAAUUGUGCAAGUUCUCCCACUUAAAAAGAUGAGAGAGGCCUGUAAUUUUCAUCAUAGGUACACGUCAACUAUGACAGACAAAUUGAGCAUUUUUUUCUCCAGAAAAUCACAUUGUAGGAUUUUUAAUGAAUUUAUUUGCAAAUUAUGGUGGAAAAUAAGUAUUUGGUCAAUAACAAAAGUUUCUCAAUACUUUGUUAUAUACCCUUUAUUGACAAUGACACAGGUCAAACGUUUUCUGUAAGUCUUCACAAGGUUUUCACACACUGUUGCUGGUAUUUUGGCCCAUUCCUCCAUGCAGAUCUCCUCUAGAGCAGUGAUGUUUUGGGGCUGUCGCUGGGCAACACAGACUUUCAACUCCCUCCAAAGAUUUUCUAUGGGGUUGAGAUCUGGAGACUGGCUAGGCCACUCCAGGACCUUGAAAUGCUUCUUACGAAGCCACUCCUUCGUUGCCCGGGCGGUGUGUUUGGGAUCAUUGUCAUGCUGAAAGACCCAGCCACGUUUCAUCUUCAAUGCCCUUGCUGAUGGAAGGAGGUUUUCACUCAAAAUCUCACGAUACAUGGCCCCAUUCAUUAUUUCCUUUACACUGAUCAGUCGUCCUGGUCCCUUUGCAGAAAAACAGCCCCAAAGGAUGAUGUUUCCACCCCCAUGCUUCACAGUAGGUAUGGUGUUCUUUGGAUGCAACUCAGCAUUCUUUGUCCUCCAAACACGACGAGUUUAGUUUUUACCAAAAAGUUUUAUUUUGGUUUCAUCUGACCAUAUGACAUUCUCCCAAUCCUCUUCUGGAUCAUCCAAAUGCACUCUAGCAAACUUCAGACGGGCCUGGACAUGUACUGGCUUAAGCAGGGGGACACGUCUGGCACUGCAGGAUUUGAGUCCCUGGCGGCGUAGUGUGUUACUGAUGGUAGGCUUUGUUACUUUGGUCCCAGCUCUCUGCAGGUCAUUCACUAGGUCCCCCUGUGUGGUUCUGGGAUUUUUGCUCACCGUUCUUGUGAUCAUUUUGACCCCACGGGGUGAGAUCUUGCGUGGAGCCCCAGAUCGAGGGAGAUUAUCAGUGGUCUUGUAUGUCUUCCAUUUCCUAAUAAUUGCUCCCACAGUUGAUUUCUUCAAACCAAGCUGCUUACCUAUUGCAGAUUCAGUCUUCCCAGCCUGGUGCAGGUCUACAAUUUUGUUUCUGGUGUCCUUUGACAGCUCUUUGGUCUUGGCCAUAGUGGAGUUUGGAGUGUGACUGUUUGAGGUUGUGGACAGGUGUCUUUUAUACUGAUAACAAGUUCAAACAGGUGCCAUUAAUACAGGUAACGAGUGGAGGACAGAGGAGCCUCUUAAAGAAGAAGUUACAGGUCUGUGAGAGCCAGAAAUCUUGCUUGUUUGUAGGUGACCAAAUACUUAUUUUCCACCAUAAUUUGCAAAUAAAUUCAUUAAAAAUCCUACAAUGUGAUUUUCUGGAUUUUUUUCUUCUCAAUUUGUCUGUCAUAGUUGACGUGUACCUAUGAUGAAAAUUACAGGCCUCUCUCUCAUCUUUUUAAGAAUGAGAACUUGCACAAUUGGUGGCUGACUAAAUACUUUUUUUCCCCACUGUAGGUAGCACACAGGAGGACAUUUUUCUCUGUUGAGAUAAUUUCAUUUCGAAUUUCUAGCCAAAUGUAAAAUGUUCCUGUUUUGAUUCAUUUAAUAGAGUGAGUUAGGUCUGCUCUAUACCAAAUUAGCAUACCCCCUGAGUCCCUUCCCUGUUUCACACCUGGUAGUUUGGUGGAUGGGACUACCAGCUCUCUGUAACAUAGAGGGCAACCAGUGGGUCCGUCUCCUCUAUACCAUGUUUCUUGUAGGAUGACAAUGUCUGUAUUUUCUUUGGUGAAGUCCAGGUUUCUGCUCUUUAGGCCAAAGGCAGAUGGCCUCAUGCCUUGGAUAUUCCAGGAUGAAAUAGUGAAGGCUUUGUGUUCCAUAAAGUGUCUAAUGUUGUUGGUCAUGUGGUUUGGCCUCAGGCCAGUAAUUGUGAGCAGAGCCUGCUGAGCAUCUGGUACAUGCCAUUGGCUUGGGCUGUUCUCUAUAACUAGUUAUCUCUUGUGGGGUAGUUGAGAACUGCAUCAGUGUGUGUUGGUGUCUGAUGUGACUUGGUGAGGAGCUUACCAUGUCUUCUCUCUCCUCUCUGCAGUUGAGAACAUUGCUCAUUGUGAGUUUGCCUAUUUGCGGGAUCUACUGAUUAGGUAAAUAUCUACAUACGUGUGUGUGUGUGCAUGUGUUGCACAUGUGUGAGUAUGAGUUUCUGAACAAUAUGUCUUUGUCUGUCUGUGUUUGUGUGUCUGUAUACCAGUGUGUGUGUGCCCUUCUGUUGACCUCAGCUGAUGUCUAACUAUCUCUCUAUUGACCUCAGCUGAUGUCUAACUAUCUCUCUAUUGACCUCAGCUGAUGUCUAACUCUCUCUAUUGACUUCAGCUGAUGUCUAACUAUCUCUCUAUUGACUUCAGCUGAUGUCUAACUAUCUCUCUAUUGACUUCAGCUGAUAUCUAACUAUCUCUCUAUUGACUUCAGCUGAUGUCUAACUCUCUCUAUUGACUUCAGCUGAUGUCUAACUAUCUCUCUAUUGACUUCAGCUGAUGUCUAACUAUCUCUCUAUUGACUUCAGCUGAUAUCUAACUAUCUCUCUAUUGACUUCAGCUGAUAUCUAACUAUCUCUCUAUUGACUUCAGCUGAUGUCUAACUAUCUCUCUAUUGACUUCAGCUGAUGUCUAACUAUCUCUCUAUUGACUUCAGCUGAUAUCUAACUAUCUCUCUAUUGACUUCAGCUGAUGUCUAACUAUCUCUCUAUUGACUUCAGCUGAUGUCUAACUAUCCCCAUCUCUCCCCUGUCAGGACCCACAUGCAGAACAUCAAGGAUAUCACCAGCAGCAUCCACUACGAGGUGUACCGCGUCCGCCGCCUCAACGAAAACAACACCGCCGUCGCCCAUGCCAACGGCCUCCCCCAACACCACAUGACCUCCCACGAGAUGUAGAGCCCCGCCCACUGUGUCCCAUGAGCCCUCACUUCCCUCCGAAAACCUUCUAUCCUUCCAUCCACCUCUCCUUCCAUCCCUCUCUCCUUCCAUCCAUCUCAAUGCCAAACCCUUCCACAGAAAGGAGAAGACACAAUCUGGGGGACUGAGGAUCAUGGUCUUAGCGCCCCCAAGUGGCCAAAUACAGACACUUGGAAUGGACUAUUGAUGCAAAUGCAUUACCCCUCAAUGAUAACCUGCUCUCUCUGACCAAUGUCUACAUUACAUACAGAGAGUGAA